AUGUCGGGAGGAUUAGAUAUACUCGCCCUCAACGAGGAAGAUGUCACCAAGAUGUUGGCCGCAACCACCCACCUUGGGGCGGAAAAUGUCAACUUCCAGAUGGAAACGUACGUGUACAAGCGCCGCGCUGAUGGCACACACGUGAUCAACCUGCGCCGUACAUGGGAGAAGCUCGUGUUGGCUGCGCGUGCCGUGGUGGCCAUUGAGAACCCCGCUGACGUUUUCGUCAUCUCUUCCCGUCCCUUUGGUCAGCGUGCUGUCCUGAAGUUCGCCGCACACACUGGUGCUACCCCCAUCGCUGGACGUUUCACCCCUGGUGCCUUCACUAACCAGAUCCAAGCUGCGUUCCGUGAGCCCCGUCUCCUGAUCGUGCUGGACCCCGCCCAGGACCACCAGCCCAUUACUGAGGCUUCAUACGUCAACAUUCCAGUCAUUGCUCUGUGCAACACUGACUCUCCCCUCCGUUUCGUUGACAUCGCCAUCCCAUGCAACACCAAGUCCUCUCACUCCAUUGGUCUGAUGUGGUGGCUGUUGGCCCGUGAGGUCCUCAGACUGCGUGGUGUGCUUGCCCGUGACCAACGCUGGGACGUGGUUGUUGAUCUGUUCUUCUACCGUGACCCUGAAGAGAGCGAGAAGGAGGAACAACAGGCUAAGGAACAAGUUGUUGCUGUCGCGCCACCCAAGGUUGACGCGCCCGCCGCAGUGCACGAGGACUGGAACGAGUCUGUGGAGCCCGUUACCUCAUGGGCUGAGGACGCCGCACCACCUCCAGCUGCCAGCUUCGGAGCUGCCCCCGCCCAAGAAGACUGGGCUUCCCAGGUACAAGAAGAGUGGGGAACCACUGCCGCCGCCGCCCCCGCCCCAGCUGCCCCCGCACCCACCCCCUCAUGGGGUGGCUCUGCCCAGGACUGGAGCACUUCGUAA